GAGCCCUGAGGCGGAGGAGGCGGGCGCAGGACAGCCCCUCAAUGGGCAGACCCGAACGCUGGGUCGGGUCAGCGCCGCGGGGCGGGCCGGGUUAGGACGCGUCCCUCCAGCUGGGGGCGGGGCGGACCUGCGGGCCACCUGAGUCCCGUCGCGGUUGGACGUGGUUGCGGCUCUCAGUUCACUCAGCUCCGGCAGCUCUGGCGGAGUCUGCGCGAUGGGCGACCCGGAAAGGCCGGAAGCGGCCAGGCCCGAGCUGGAUGAGAGGUUAUCUUCAGAUACCAAUGAAAAUGAAGCGAUGUCAAAUGAAGAGCCACUCCUAAAAAGGAGUUCUCGCCGAUUUGUCAUCUUUCCAAUCCAGUACCCUGAUAUCUGGAAAAUGUAUAAACAGGCACAAGCAUCAUUCUGGACAGCAGAAGAGGUCGACUUAUCAAAGGAUCUCCCUCACUGGAAUAAACUUAAAUCAGAUGAGAAGUAUUUUAUCUCUCACAUCUUAGCCUUUUUCGCAGCCAGUGAUGGAAUUGUAAAUGAAAAUUUGGUGGAGCGCUUUAGUCAGGAGGUACAGGUUCCAGAGGCUCGUUGUUUCUAUGGCUUUCAAAUUCUCAUCGAGAAUGUUCACUCAGAGAUGUACAGUUUGCUAAUAGACACUUACAUCAGAGAUCCCAAGAAAAGGGAAUUUUUAUUUAAUGCAAUUGAAACAAUGCCAUGUGUUAAGAAAAAAGCAGAUUGGGCCUUGCGAUGGAUAGCAGAUAGAAAAGCUACUUUUGGGGAAAGAGUAGUGGCCUUUGCUGCUGUAGAAGGAAUUUUCUUCUCGGGAUCUUUUGCUGCUAUAUUCUGGCUAAAGAAGAGAGGUCUUAUGCCUGGACUCACUUUUUCCAAUGAACUCAUCAGCAGAGAUGAAGGACUUCACUGUGACUUUGCUUGCCUGAUGUUUCAAUACUUAGUAAACAAGCCUUCAGAAGAAAGGGUCAGGGAGAUCAUUGUUGAAGCUGUCAAAAUUGAGCAGGAGUUUUUAACAGAAGCUUUGCCAGUUGGGCUCAUUGGAAUGAAUUGCAUUUUGAUGAAACAGUACAUUGAGUUUGUAGCUGACAGAUUACUUGUGGAACUUGGAUUCUCGAAGGUUUUCCAGGCAGAAAAUCCCUUUGAUUUUAUGGAAAACAUUUCUUUACAAGGAAAAACAAAUUUCUUUGAGAAACGAGUUUCAGAGUACCAGCGUUUUGCAGUUAUGGCAGAAACCACGGAUAAUGUCUUCACCUUGGAUGCAGAUUUUUAAAAACCUCCCUUUUUAAAACCCUAUGAACUUGUCAUUGCAGGUAGAAUCAUGGCCUGGAGUGACUUGGGAAGACAGUUUGAUCCAGUGCUUUCAGACAGGGCUAGGUUUUGCUGUCCAGUGUAUACAAUAAUGAACAGUUAUUCUUAUAAACUGACCCCAGCCAUAUCUUGAUAUAUGAAAUUUUUCUAGUUGUCUUAUUUUUGAACAUCCAUAUUUUUAUGCCUCUUUCACCAUUUUAUUUUUCAAUUGUGCAUGGAAAAAGUGAUUAUUGAGAAAACAUAUCCACUUGCAUAUUUUAAAAAUAAAUUAAUAUUAAAAUUUUACAUUUAAAUAUGCUAACAUCACUGUCAUAGAAUUCAAAGAUGUCAUUUGUACAGAUUAAGUUAAGGGCUAAUGUCAUGAAUUAAUUUUCAAUAAUAAAGCUAAUGGGCUGCAUGAAAGCCAAGUAAAGCCUAUAAUCAGGUAUAAUGUUUUUGAAGUGAGUUGAGUAAAUUGGUAGCCAACUCAGAAAAUCUUCCCUAGCAGAAUCUGGAGCAGUGGCACAGAAGUGAAAUCUCUUUGUUAACCACCAUUUCCCUUUAAAUGGUCUGUUCUGUAAACAGCUACAGGUUUGAAGGAGAAUGUGAUAUUCCUGACACUUUAGGAAGAAAGAUUUAAUCCUUCAAAUUUGGAGCUUAGCUCUGUUAAAGAAAAGAUAUGUGAAAGUGGAAGACUGAAGAAUGAUUGUUUUUUUAUACAGAUAAAUAGGCCACAAUAUUCUUAACUUAUGUACUUAACUCUGUUUUAAAACUAUGUUUUGAUUUUUCCAAAUGUCUGGUCGCAAAGUUAUUUACUAUCUACCACCUGUAUAGAAAGCUUUAUUAAAUGUGGAGUACCUAAUUUUUUUUUUUUUUUUUUUUUUUUUUGUUGAAGUACGUUACGGCCAAUCAUGCCAACCUUGCAUGUACAGAAUUUUUUUUCUUUUUUUAAGAAAGGAAUUGUUUUGUUAUUUUUUGGUUUACUAUGUUGAAAUAAAGUAUAUCAUAGCUACA